AUGUUCAAACUUGACUAUAAGAUUUCUUACGACGAGUUUGUGAGAACAAUCUACCAUCAUGCGCGCCAGUACGAGAUAAAAGUCUCCGAUCCUUACAAGCAAUGCGUCACUGUCAAUGCACUCAUCACUAAAGCCAAGGACGAAGAGAGCAAACGAAACUACGCCAAUGCAUACUACUACGUCAACAAGUGCCUUUUAUUUUUCGAUAAGGAAGAGAACCCGGUUGACUUCACGCAAAGAGAUCCAUCGACAAAGAGGGUAUUUGCUGAAGCUCUUGACCUUGAGGCUAAACUGAAGGUGAAGGAACUGCCGAUUGAGUACAAGGCUAUGAUCGAAGAAAUCGACCGUCGGGAGCCGGAGCGCCGUCGCAUCGUAGCCCAGCAGCUGGAGUCGGAUAGUGGAGAUGGUGACGGAAACAAGCAGCUUUCUAAGGCGGUAGACAUGCACUUGACAAGACAGCAGCAACUGCUUUCUUCGGAGAAUAGCAGUGUAGAUGAGUUGUUGCAGCGACUGCACUGGGCUUCGGUACCUGGCACGAAGAGCAUUACCCCACACAUAGUCCCCAAUGGCCCGCCUGCUCCUCCUCCAACGUACGACACCGUCUCCAGGCCCGAACCGUCUCCAGCGCCAGUAAACCCCGUGCCAGGCGACCGCCACGCUCUCCCUGCCUCAGCUUCGCAUAGAAGCUACACAACCUGUAUCCUGAAUCCUUCAAAUGCCUCCCUGUCCGUCCGACGGAGGGGCAUUGUAAAUUUGGGCAACACAUGCUACAUGAAUAGUGUGCUGCAGCUACUCAAUUCCACACCACUAGGCCAGUACUUUCUCACUGAUGCCUAUGUGUCCCACCUGCUUAAUACAAAGGGAAAGCUAACUCGCUUGAUCAACUCAUUUAGCUUUGUUAUCCGCGAGCUCAAUCGUUCCGACUGCAAGUUUUCAGUGAGCGCGUCGCCGUUCAAGUCUGCCCUCGGAGACUAUUACGAGGGGUUUCAAAACUCAAGCCAGCAGGACGCAAACGAAUUUCUACGUGUUGUGCUGGACGGCAUUCACGGAGCACUGAAUGUGAACGACAGUAAUAGAAUUGUGUUUCCCGAGAUUGACAACUGCAAAGGCACCGAUGACGAACUUGCUCGACGGUACUGGGCACAGUACUAUCAGAAGAAUUCUUCCGUUAUCGUUGACUACUGCGCGUUUCAGGAGCGGAGCGCGAUUGUUUGCCCCUCCUGUGACCACCAGUCACGCUCUUUCAAUGUUUCUCUCAGCAUUGAAAUUCCUAUUCCGCGGACCUCGUCAAAGGUUUCACUCGACGACUGCUUUGCCGCGUACUGCCGGGAGGAAAUUCUUGACAAUAGCUCUAUGUACAUGUGCCCUAGCUGUCACCAGAAGGUGAACGCCCGGAAGCAGCUGCUGUUUUAUUCAGCACCACCAGUUCUAUUUAUUACUCUGAAGCGGUUCCGUUGUUACGGUGACUUCACCACAGCCUCAAAAGUCAACUCGAGCGUUUUCUUUAGUAAAACACUGAACAUUGCUUCGUAUAUGUGCUCCGGAUUCUCGAAAACAAAGUACCAUUUGGUGGGUAUUAUCAAUCACCAAGGCAACAUGUAUGGCGGUCACUAUACUGCAGAUGCUGUUGGUGCUGAUGGCGUGUGGUGCCACUUCAGCGAUGAGCAGGUGACAAAAGCAGACGUGGCAGAUAAUAAUCUGGCCUAUAUUCUCUGCUACGUACGUUGA